AUGCCAGGCCUAGUUUUUCCUAACAAUGCCAUUCCUAGAACUAACGAUAACUCGAUGUCAGAAGAUCAUGGCGGUGUCUCACCAGAGCCGGGGCCGGCAAGAACGCCGGAGUAUGACGACGGAGGCUACUUUUCGCCGUCGGGCUGUACUAGUAGCAGCGCAGCACUAGACUCACUCCCUUCAAACCCUUGCGGGCUAAGAGUCGAGAGUAGCACCGUUGCCGCUCUUGAUAUUGCUUCGCCAAGUCGUUACUUCGGCGAGAGGGUGCCACAGAUGGCAUUGAGAAACAAAGCGCUUUGUUACGCAUGCCUAACAUGCGCAUCGCGCGUGCUCACUCGCAGAGGUGAACUCGACAAGGCUCAGGGAGAUGUGUACGAAGAUACGGCAAUUUCGACCCUGAUUCCACAAUUACCCACCAGCAGUACCUGCGAUGAGGCUCGCCGUGAGAUCCUCCUUGCUACUGUUGUCAUUUUGCGCAUGGCAGAGCAGUUUUCCGAGGUCAAAGAUGACGCACGUUGCCAUCUUGCUGGAGCAUCGUCUCUUCUCAUAAGCAAAGCAGAAACCGAAGCACGACCCUCCCUAGGCGUUGCUGCCUUCUGGCUGUACAUGAGACAAAAGCUUCGUGCCGCAUUCCUCAACGAAGAGCCAUGUAAGUUUGACAUGGCCCUAGUUGCGGACGAUGUUGGAACCGCUCCGGCUCCUGACGUGGUGUGGACAAACCGUGUCACCGCGCUGCUGGCGAGGACAUGCUCAGCUUGCUGGGAUCCAGGACUGGAACCAACACUAAGAAAUGAACUACUUGAGGAGCUGGAGAAAUUAUUAGAGGGGUGGCAAGAAAGUAUCCCUGAGACUUUUCAGCCAUGGAGCGAGUACCAGGCGGAAAACGACCCGUUUCGUACAAUCAAGUACAUAACUGUUGCGUGGCAGUACUAUUACGCAGCGAAGGUUCUCGUGGUCUUGUAUAAGAUGCCCAAAGACAUGAAUUUAAUCGAAAUAACGCGGUAUAUGGAGGUGAGUGUCGAGCCAGGACUGAACUCUUCGAACCCGCAAUGGCUUGGAAGUCUAUUCUAA